UCUCUCGAAAAUCAGAAUCCUCCAUGGUUGUCGUGGCCACCUUGGUGGCUUUAACGCUCUUGAGCACCGCCGCCCUGCAGGCUCAGCCGCCAUGGCCGAUCUGCGAAACCAGCAGCGGUAACUACACCAAGAACAGCACGUACAAAGCAAACAUAGAAUACCUAGCCAGCUUCCUCCCACAGUACGCGUCCUCGAAUCCCAACUACCUCUUCGCCUCCGGCUCCUCUGGCAUCUCCCCGGACGUCAUCUACGCAAUCGCGCUCUGCCGUGGCGACACCAACGCCUCGUCCUGCGCCACCUGCGUCGCCGCGGCUAUUCAGGCAGCCGGGGAGGUCUGCCCGCUCGUCAAGACCGUGACAAUCUACGACGACCCAUGCAUCGUCCGCUUCAGCGAGCAGGGCUUCCCCAUCAGGCCUCCCUACGACACAGGGAUGACGAUCACCUGGAACUACGAGAAUCUCAGCGCCGCCGUGGCGCCGUCUUUCGAAGCAGCCACCGCUCGACUCGUCAACGCCACCGUAGAGUACGCGGCGGCGGACCAGACCACCAGGCGAUUCGGCACCGGGGAGGCGCCCUUCGACGACGAGGAAUUCCCCAAGAUUUACUCGUUGGCGCAGUGUACGCCGGACAUGACGGCCGACCAGUGCCGGAGCUGUCUCUGGUACAUAAUUGGGAGGUUCACAAAGGAAUUUUUCGCCGGGAAGAAAGGCGGUCGAGUUCUCGGGGUGCGCUGCAACUACCGGUUUGAGACGUACCCUUUCUUCUAUGGCCGCCCGCUACUGCAACUCCAGCCGCCCAACGGGCCGUCGCCUGCACCAGCGUCUCAAGCCACCGGAGAAGGAAUAACUGACAAUAGAAGUAAAGUUGUGGCCAUUGCAGUUCCUACAAUUGCUGCAGUAUUAAUUACCUUUAUAGCGUGCUGGUAUUGUUUAUGGAGGAGACGACGACUGGCGGCAAAAGCGCUACAACUAAAAUCAACUACUCCGGAUGAUAUUGAAAGUAUUGGUUCACUGCUUCUUGAUCUGUCAACACUACGAGUUGCUACUGGUGACUUUUCUGAACACAAAAGGCUCGGUGAAGGUGGCUUCGGUGUAGUAUACAAGGGAGACCUACCUGAUGGUCAGGAAAUAGCCGUGAAGAGACUAGCACAGACUUCCAGACAAGGGAUAGAAGAGCUAAAAACUGAACUACUUUUAGUCGCCAAACUGAACCACAACAAUCUUGUCCGGCUUAUUGGCGUUUGCUUGGAAGAAAAUGAAAAGAUACUUGCAUAUGAAUACAUGCCCAAUAGAAGCCUUGAUACAAUUCUUUUUGUGGUAGAUGCAGAGAAAGCUAAGGAGCUAGAUUGGGCACAAAGGUUUAAAAUUAUAAGUGGGAUCGCUAGAGGCUUACAAUACCUUCAUGAAGAUUCUCAACUGAAGAUAGUUCAUCGGGACCUCAAAGCAAGCAAUGUUCUGUUGGAUUCUGCUUAUAAUCCUAAGAUUUCAGACUUUGGCUUAGCGAAGAUAUUUGGAAGGGAUCAAUCACACGUUGUCACUAACCGCAUUGCUGGAACGUAUGGAUACAUGUCACCAGAGUAUGCGAUGCGUGGUCAGUGUUCAAUGAAGUCAGACGUGUUUAGCUUUGGUGUUUUGGUCCUAGAGAUCGUCACGGGGAGAAGAAACUAUGUCUCCUACAACAGUGAGCAAGAUGUUGAUCUUAUAAACCUUGUAAGUACUUCACAGGCAUACACAUGUCAAAUUCGGGACAGGCACUUAUUGCCGUCUCAUAAUCAGUGUGUAGACGUGUUUAGCUUUGGUGUUUUGGUCCUAGAGAUCGUCACGGGGAGAAGAAACUAUGUCUCCUACAACAGUGAGCAAGAUGUUGAUCUUAUAAACCUUAUAUGGGAGCAUUGGACCAGGGAUAAAGCCAUCAACUUGAUUGAUGCAUCCUUGAAUAGCAACUAUCCAGCUGACAUUGUGUUGAAGUGCAUCCACAUUGGGCUAUUGUGUGUCGAGCAAAAACCUACAGAUCGGUCGUUGAUGUCAGCUGUUAACUACAUGCUUAAUAGCAACGCAGCCGCCUGUCUCCCCCCUUUGUCCAGGCCAACCAUUUGGUUCCGUGAGACUGAUGAUGAACUAAAUCCAAAAGCUUCAAUUUCCUGGGGAAGAACCAAAACGAAAUCAUCGCGGAAUGAAGUGUCCAUCACAGAGAUCGAGUCCCGAUAAGCCUUGAGAGUUGGGACUUCCUAUUUUUCUUCUUCUGAAUAUUUUUUUUGGUUAUAUAAGCUCUGAUUUGACACGACUUCCUAUUUUGUUUCGUUAAGUGCCAAAUUCAAUUGUUAAAAUCAAAAUUGACAUGAUGAUAAUUGUUGAUAUGAUCGAUCAUGAUUUGAACAAUAUAUU